AUGAAAGAAAAAAUAGCUCGAUUAUUCUAUUUAACAUUCAAGUUCCUUGCAUGUAAAGAAAUAUUUAACUACAAACUUUAUUUCUCACCAGAGUCUCAUGUUGCACUGCCUUCCAAAAGAGCUGCUCUAAAGUCUAAGCCAAAAUCAUCAACCACUUCUACUCAGCCUAAGCACACUCGGCCUAAAGCAAAAAUCAUACAAAAUAGCACUGAAAAUGAUAUUUAUAAUGAGUUCGAUAAUGUCAUAGAAGAAGAAGUCCUUGAUGCGAGUUCUUUAUACUACCCCCCAAAGAAGAAAAGACAUAAAAUAAUAGAGAGUCCAGAAGAUGAAGAAGAAUUAGAAGUGGAUUCUUCAAUAUAUCGGUUAAUGGAGGACCAAGAUUUAGAAGAAGACCAGGUGAUUUUGAAUGAGUAUGCUAAAAUCUACAAAGAAAAAAUGCAAAAAAUGCCUAUAAAGAGAAAAAAGACUCAAAACGAUAGUUUUUAUUCUAAUAUUCAAAAAAGAAUAGGAAAAGAAAGGGAAGUUGUAGUCGCGCUAGGGAAUGAAAUUAAUGUUUAUAAGCAAACCCAAUUUCUUCAGGAAGCUGCAAAAUCAAAAAUUGUGCUUGAUGAGCUUAAUUUAGAUGUGAAUAAAAAUUCACAAAUUGAUAGAAAAAGAGUAACGUUCGCGAUUAAUGAGCCAAAAAUUUAUUACAUCGCUCUUCCUGUUUACAAAUUCUCAUGCAGGGCUAGAAUAAAUAGCUUUGAAAGGAUUUUGUUGGAAAUUGAAAAUAGGAAAAGACAAGAAAAUAAUAAUCCAGGAAAUAAUCCAAGCAAUAAUUCGUAA